UCCUCUUAUGUUCGUGUCUUUUUCACGCCGGGUACUGCUUAGUUGGAUCAAUGGCCUCCAGCGUGUUAAUACCGUAUGCAGUUAUUUAGGGUAGAAGUGUUGGAACUCUGAGCUUAGAUGGCUUAUGCCCCGGCCUGCUAUGUAGUCAAUACGAUGCGUGCGUUCUGGAACAGAAUAUGACGGUGGCGGUGCUAAGAAAUAAAGUAAAGGCUAGGGCGAUUGUUACUACUAUGCCGCGGCGACAGACUUAGUGCCGGUAUCUGGAUUCUCGUGAAAUCUCUGUGAGGGCCGUGUAGCCGGCCAUUGGGCGCCAGCGGAGUUACUGUGAGGCUGGAGCACGUAGUUAACCCCAGCUGCACCUCAGCGCGUUGUCGCCGUUUAGCUGCCCCUCUAGGGAUUAAGUAGCCAUGGCCCCCAGCCGGAAUGGCAUGAUCUUGAAGCCUCACUUUCACAAGGACUGGCAGAGACGGGUAGCUACAUGGUUUAACCAGCCUGCUAGAAAGAUCCGCAGACGUAAGGCACGCCAGGUCAAAGCACGGUUGGUUGCCCCAAGGCCUGUUUCAGGUCCAGUCAGACCAGUGGUAAAAUGCCCUACUAUCAGAUACCACACAAAGGUGCGAAUGGGCAGAGGCUUCAGCCUAGAAGAGUUAAAGGCUGCUGGUAUCAACAAGAAAGUUGCCCGCACCAUUGGCAUUUCUGUUGACCCAAGACGCCGCAACAGAUCUACAGAGGGCUUGCAAACAAAUGUCCAGAGGCUGAAAGAGUACCGCUCCAAACUAAUCAUCUUCCCACGCAAACCUGCUGCACCCAAGAAGGGAGACAGCUCGGCUGAAGAGUUGAAACUGGCUACUCAGUUGAAGGGACCAGUCAUGCCAAUCCGCAGUGUGUACAAGAAAGAGAAGCCCAGAGUCAUCACUGAAGAGGAGAAGAACUUCAAAGCCUUUGCAAGUCUGCGUAUGGCACGUGCUAAUGCCCGGCUCUUUGGCAUCCGUGCCAAGAAAGCCAAAGAGGCUGCAGAACAGGAUGUUGAGAAGAAGAAAUAAGUUUUCCAGAACUGUUAAUAAAUUCGAAACUUGGUGUAAAACA